AUGGCGGCCAAGUCCUCGGCCUCCCGUCUCCGGGGCUCACGGCGGUUUCUGAGCGGCUUCGUGGCCGGCGCGGUGGUGGGCGCCGCGGGGGCUGGCCUGGCGGCUCUGCAGUUCCUUCGGGGCCGGGGAUCGGAGACAGCGGUGGCGGUGCGGGAGCCGGAUGAAUCUGCAGAAAAGGCUCUCUUGGAACAGUUUGGAUUCCCUCUAACUGGCACAGAGACUAAGUGUUACACUAACCAUGCCUUGUCUUACGAUCAAGCAAAGCGAGUGCCUCGAUGGGUUCUUGAACAUAUAUCCAAAAGCAAGAUAACGGGCGACGCAGACAGAAAACACUGUAAAUUCAAGCCUGACCCCGGCAUCUCUCCAGUCUUCAGUGCCCUCAAUGAGGACUAUCUUGGAAGCGGGUGGUCGCGAGGACAUAUGGCUCCAGCAGGAGAUAACAAAUUUUCAACCAAAGCCAUGGCAGAAACUUUUUACCUUUCUAAUAUCGUGCCUCAGGAUUUUGACAAUAACGCUGGGUAUUGGAACAGAAUAGAAAUGUACUGUCGGGAACUGACAGAAAGGUUUGAAGAUGUGUGGAUAGUAUCUGGCCCUCUGACCUUACCUCAGACUGCAAGUGACGGAAAGAAAACAGUCACUUACCAGGUCAUUGGUCAGGACAAUGUGGCGGUCCCCUCACACCUUUACAAAGUGAUCUUGGCGCGCAGAAGUCCAGGAUCCACGGAGCCGCUGGCGCUGGGGGCCUUCGUGGUGCCCAACAAAGCCAUCGGCUUCCAGCCCCCACUGACCGAGUUCCAGGUGAGCCUCCAGGACCUCGAGAAGCUGUCGGGCCUGGUGUUCUUCCCUCGUCUGGAUAGAACCAGUGACAUCCGGAAUAUCUGCUCCGUGGACACCUGCAAGCUCCUGACCUACCAAGAGUUCACGUUGUAUUUGAGCACAAGAAAGGUGAAGGGAGCCUCGUCCUUGCCCAGGCUGGAGAAGAUCCUGGAGAAUUUGAAGUCGGCAGGAAUCGAGCCAGAUGAGCACUUUCUCGUCCUCUAUGGGAAGAAGCGAGAAGAACUCAAAGCGAAGGAGCAGUCUGGAACCCAGGAAGGAAACCCCGCGUGA